AUGCCUCGCAGUCAGAAGAGUAAUCUCUGUGUACGUGAGAAACGCCAGCAGAAACAAGGUGAAUCCAAGGUUCUCAGGGGUGCUCAGGCAAUGGCAACAGCAAAAGAAGAGUUCCCCUCCUCUUCCACUCCUCCUUUUGGGUGUACUACCCAGAGAAGGCAUGGUGCUAAGUCAUGUAGCACUCUGCAGGGGACUCCGAGAGCCCUAUUCACCCCCACUACUUCACACACAAGAUCUUAUGCAGGUACCAAGAACAAAGAUGAGAAAAGGCGAAGUUCCUCCCAGGAGCCGCCAUCCACUAAGCGGUCCCGCAAAGACCCUCUAACCAAGAAGGUGGGUAUACUGGUGCAGUUCCUGUUGCAAACGUAUAAACUGAAAAAGCUCGUCAUGAAGGAAGAUAUGCUGAAGAUUGUCAACAAAAAGUACAAGAGCCACUUCCUUGACAUCCUCAGGAAAGCUUCUUUCAGCACAGAGGUGGUCUUUGGCAUUGACUUAAAGGAAAUCGACUCCGUCAAGCCGUCCUACGCCCUGGUCAGUAAAAUGGACCUCCCUAACAAUGGGAGGCUGAGUCGUGGCAGGGGGUUGCCAAAAACUGGUCUCCUGAUGAUUCUCCUGGGCGUGAUCUUCAUGAAGGGCAACUGCGCCAGUGAGGAGAAGAUCUGGGAAUUCCUGAAUAAGAUGAGAAUUUUUGCAGGGAAGAGGCACUUCAUCUUUGGGGAGCCUAGGAAACUCAUCACCCAAGAUUUUGUGAAGCUAAAGUACCUGGAGUACCGGCAGGUGCCCAACAGCGAUCCUCCAAGCUAUGAAUUUCUCUGGGGUUCCAGAGCCAACGCUGAAACCAGCAAGAUGAAAAUCCUGGAGUUUUUGGCCAAGAUCAAUGAUACCGUGCCAAGUGCUCUCCCAUCCUUAUAUGAAGAGGCCUUGAGAGAUGAGGAAGAGAGAGCCAGAGCCACAGUUCCAGACCGGGCUGAUCCUACUGCUAUGGCCAGUGUAGUGCGUGCUCCCGUGCCAGGUCCAGCAGCUCCUUCCAAGCCUAGUGAAGCGUGA